AAACCAACAACUAUUUAAGGACCCUGAAAAAGACUCCAACUCUGACAGAAAAAGUUAUCUACCGGAAAAACAAAAGAACCAUAAAAAGAAACAAUAUCAAGAACCAAAAACAUCAAUAACUCCUGGAAAAGAACUGAACCUAUCAAUUGUCCUGAUUGCAAUUAUCCUAGGCUACCUG